AUGGCGUCAAAUGUUCGGAGGGUUCUGUUGUGUAGCUCUAUUGCCCUGAACGCGCUCUGCGCGGGCGGCAUGUUUACAUUUCCUCUCAUUUCGCCUGUCUUAGCCGCGCACUGCAAGCUGAGCCAGCCUCAGCUAACGACAAUUAUUUUGGCGGGAAUGAUGAGCCAAUAUACAAUCGCUGCUCUCGUAGGCUCGGUGAUAGACCGUUAUGGACCUGGCGUCUGCUCCCUCAUCUCAGCAUUAUCGUUCUCCUCUGGUUUCGGCGGAUUUGCAUUCGAAGUUUACAGGAAUCCAGACGCGCUCCCUGAAUCAGCAACUGCUUUAUUCUAUCGGUUUACCUUCUUCUUCCUGCUGGUUGGGCUGGGGUCCGUAUUCGGCUAUUUCUCUGCUCUAUUUGCAGCUUCCAAGUCGUUUCCAAACUACGGCGGCGUUGCCUCCGGUACAAGCCUGGCAUUCUUUGGACUCUCCCCUCUGUGCUUCUCUGUAAUUGCCUCAGCAUUCUUCACCGAUUCCGCUGGAGCACUGAAUGUUACGCACUAUAUGGGCUUCAUUGCACUACUGACCACCUUCGUCUAUACCCUUGGCUUCAUCAAUAUGCAAGCCGUGCCACCUUCAUCUGAUAACUUCACACACGUUGAAUUCAAUAACCACGAGGGCCAUCGCGAAGAGGAGAGGCCUUUGUUACCUCCUAAGCGCGCUGUUGACCCAACAGUUCCUGAACUGUUGCAAAAGACGGACUUCUGGCUGAUCGCACUCGUCUGCGUACUGAUUCUUGGAGUUUGUGAGAUGAUCAUAUCUAACAUUGUUCUACCAAAUUCCGCUACAGCCUCCCAAGUGAACCUUAUUUCGAUCGCAAACACCAUUUCUCGCAUUUCUGUUGGACCACUAGCAGAUUUUAUCUCUCCUGUUGCCGCCUAUCUUCCAACAGGGGCCCAGAUAUCUCCGAGGAAGCAUAUCGUUAGCCGAUUCGCAUUUCUAUCAGGUUCAGCCACCUUGCUGGUCUUUACCUUUACGUGGAUGGUGUAUGGAGUGAGAAAUCAAGGCGACAUCUGGGUCCUCAGUGUUGGUACGGGGUUGAGCUAUAGUGCAGUGUUCACUAUUUUGCCAAGUCUUAUAUCCUCACUCUGGGGAAUGCAAAACAUGGCGCGUAACUUCGGCUUUAUGAUGUAUGCCCCAUUCAUUGGAACCCCCGUGUUUUCAUACAUGUACGCCUUCAUAUCCGCAUCCCAUGCGCAACCCGGAGAAAUGUGCACAGGACGAUCCUGCUGGCAGUUAACCUUCUAUUUUGCUAUCGGAACAUCGAUCAUUGCCUUAUUCGCAAGUUUUACGCUCUGGAGUAGGUGGAGGGGAAGAAUUUGA